GGCUGCCUGGCCUCUUGGUAGUUGAAGUCCAAGUGCUCAACAGGAAUUUAUGGCAGCCGUAAUGUAGUCUGUCUAUCUAAGAAGACAAUGCUCACGGACGGAUACUUUCUCUUGGUUUUGCACUUGCUCGAUUGCCGGAUUAGCGGGAUGCGGGGGCGGACAGAUGGGAAAAAGGGAUGGAUAAAGUAAGCGUAGUAGAGGCCUCUAUUCCGCCGCUAUCGCUACGGCCUAUCGCAAGGCCUUCGUAUCCUGGAAGUGGCUGAUCUUAUGGAUUUGAAGGGGUUCCUCUUACUACGGUGGCCGGGGUGCUCAAAGUACCUGUAGCUGCGGCGCUGAGGUUGGAGCGUCUGCGUUUGUGCGGGCUGCUUUUGUGGUGGCUGCUGCUAGAGCUGGAGCGUUUCCGGGGAGUUUUCUUCUGUUUUCCUGCUUGGACCGUAUGUCCCCAGUGGGUUUUCGGCAAUGAUUUUGUGUCAAUUGAUGGCAAAAAAAAGACAAGAAGUUUUUAAAGGAAUUUUUAAUCAGUUUAAAAUAGUAAACUCUACAGAAGAAUGCAAUCAAGUGAUGGCUGUUCCUUUAGAAUUUGAAUAUGGAGGCUACAGGAACAGACGAAGUUGACAAGCUAAAAACGAAAUUUAUAUCUGCUUGGAACAACAUGAAAUAUAGUUGGGUGUUGAAAACAAAGACGUAUUUUAGUAGAAAUUCUCCUGUAUUAUUGCUUGGAAAAUGUUACCAUUUUAAAUAUGAAGAUGAAGAUAAAAUGUUACCUGCAACAUCCGGAUGUACAAUAGAGGAUCACGUAAUUGCAGGAAAUGUAGAAGAAUUUCGUAAAGAUUUCAUUUCUAGAAUAUGGCUGACCUACAGGGAAGAAUUUCCUCAAAUAGAAGGCUCAGCUUUGACAACAGACUGUGGUUGGGGCUGUACAUUAAGAACUGGCCAGAUGCUCUUGGCUCAGGGACUCAUACUACACUUUCUUGGUAGAGCUUGGACCUGGCCUGAUGCUUUGAAUAUUGAAAAUUCAGACUCUGAAUCAUGGACUUCCCACACUGUCAAAAAAUUUACAGCAUCAUUUGAAGCAUCGCUUUCAGGGGAAAGAGAACUCAAAACCCCAACAAUUUCUCUGAAAGAAACAAUUGGGAAAUAUUCUGAUGAUCAUGAAAUCCGAAAUGAAAUUUAUCACAGGAAAGUCAUCUCUUGGUUUGGUGAUUCCCCCUUGGCUCCUUUUGGCUUACAUCAGCUAAUAGAAUAUGGAAAGAAAUCUGGAAAGAAAGCAGGAGAUUGGUAUGGACCAGCUGUGGUUGCUCACAUUUUAAGAAAAGCAGUUGAAGAAGCAAGACACCCAGAUUUACAAGGAAUAACUAUUUAUGUUGCACAAGAUUGUACAGUUUACAAUUCUGAUGUAAUUGACAAACAGAGUGCUUCCAUGACCUCUGAUAAUGCAGAUGACAAAGCUGUUAUUAUUCUAGUUCCUGUUAGACUUGGUGGAGAAAGAACCAACACCGACUACUUAGAGUUUGUGAAGGGUAUUUUAAGCCUGGAAUAUUGCGUGGGUAUUAUUGGUGGCAAACCUAAACAGUCAUAUUACUUUGCUGGAUUUCAAGAUGACAGUUUGAUUUACAUGGAUCCUCAUUACUGCCAAUCUUUUGUAGAUGUCAGCAUAAAGGAUUUCCCUCUUGAGACAUUCCACUGCCCUUCUCCCAAAAAGAUGUCAUUUCGAAAAAUGGAUCCUAGCUGUACAAUAGGAUUUUACUGUCGAAACGUUCAGGACUUCAAACGAGCUUCUGAAGAAAUCACCAAGAUGCUGCAAUUUUCUUCUAAGGAGAAAUAUCCCUUAUUUACUUUUGUAAAUGGUCAUUCCAGAGACUAUGAUUUCACAUCGACUACAACCAAUGAGGAAGACCUUUUUUCAGAGGAUGAAAAGAAACGAUUAAAAAGAUUUAGCACAGAAGAGUUUGUCUUGCUUUAAAGACGUUUGUGCUUGAUGAGAAGAAUUCCGUUGAAAGGGGAAAAGUAUAUUCGAAACGUUUAUUUUCACAAAUAUCUCAAUUUUAUAUGUUCUUUAAAAAAAGAACAUUCGAAAAUAUAAAAUUUAAAGAUAUUUUUCUAAAAGAAAUGAUUUAAUGAAUCUUGCUUUCUAAUAAAUAAAUUGAGUGAUUCUGGUUGCUUUCCUAUUUCCCUAAUAUCUACUAAUGAUAACUCUACCUUAACUGUAAGCCUUUUAGUCUUCAAAGUCUUCCACCUGAGCCCGUUGUUCUCAUGGAGGUUUUGUGUUACUAAUCCUCCCCCAAAGACUGGGAUCACCAAAUACUUUCAAAAUUCUCAGUUUGUACUAAUGAUCAGAAGAUCAGAGAAGGAGACUUUAAUGCUGUCUAGCUGCCUGCUAUGAAUACAAUCAGAUAAUACUUUUGCAUAUGUCUUGAUAAUUAAAUAGUAUUUGUUAACUGUGAUAUGCAUACACUUAUAUAAGCAGAAUUAUGAGUUAAAGUAAUACUUAGCAAUAUGCUUUUAUAAUGGCUUCUCAUUAUGCUUGCUGUUGAACCUUUGAUGAGGAGUGAAUAUUGGAUUUUCCCCACAAACUUAAAGGUUAUGUUAUUAAUACUAUUAUAACUGCAUCCAAUCAAAUCAGAUAAAGGUAACUAUAAAAUAGUAGUAUUAUUUUUUUCCUCUCUCAAGGGUGAAAUUUUAUGGAAACUCAACUUAUUAUACAGUUUUUAAAUCUAAAGUACCAAGAAAGAUGUCACUAGGUUCUCUUCUAUGUGAUUUUUGUUAUUUGUAUAAAGCAGUGUAGUGGUGUUUAGAAGCUGAGGCCACCUGUAAGACAAAUCUGCCUUAAGUGUAUUAUGUGUAACUUAAAGGCAAAUUUGUGAUCUAAAAGUACAAGAGUGAUUAUGGAGGUAGGAUUAUAAAAUACAUAAUAAAGAUGUGAGAAGAUAAAAUGCUUUUGGUUUGGUUUUAAUGUUGGGAUUAUUUUAAUCCUUUCAUUUGAAAAGUCAGUGUCUCAAAUGAAUUCUGUUUAUUUAUAAUAAAUGCCUGUAAUAUUGCUCUGAAA